AUGUCGCGACCAACCAAUCCCGAUGAAAUCGACCUCUUCGAAGAUGAUCUCUACAAUAACUCCUCGAACAACGAGGAAUCCAACAAUGAGCUCGAAGUAGCCGAAGACACCACAAUGGCCGAAACCCUAGGCUUCACCAGCUUCGGCGGCACCAGACCCAUCGACGACCACGACGACAACAAGAGACGGCGCUUCAACCCGCACCUAGACAACGCCGUUAUAGCCACGACCAACGAGGAGCCUCAGCUUACCGCAUACCGCGCGCAGGCCCAUCCAAACAAAAGACAGAAGCUCUCCGCCUCGCCCAGGGACGAAAUCACCUACUCCGAUUCGGACGACUACGCCAGCACCAACACCAACACCAACGCCGCCAACAACAACGGCACCCCCACUGGCGCACCAUCCGGCCACCCCCCCGACUCUCAUUACCCAUCCCAGCAGCAACGCCCACCCACUGGCCCGCGCAGGGGAAACUACAGUCACCGCGGCGGCAACAGAGGUGGCGGAAAUUGGGGCGGCGGAGGACGAGGUGGUGGCUACAACAGCAAUUACAACAGCAGUUACAACAACAACUACAACAACAACAACCGGAACAACAACAACAGCAGCAACAGGGGCGGCGGCCCGGUCAACCCGCUGUGGUAUGUCGAGUACUACGACCCAGCCAGCAACGAGAACCCCUGGGAGGGGAUGGAGAAGUACAAGAGGCUGCCGCCGGUGGGGACGUGGCUGUCACGGGGCCGGAAGCGUGCAAGAGACGACGAGGUGAAGGACGGUGCUGAGGAGGCUGAGGGUGGUGAUGGUGACGGUGCUGAAGGUGACGACGGUGCCGGUGUUGAGGGUGACGGUGCUGGUGAGGAUGGUGUUGGCAAUGCUGAAGAGUUUGAUGCUGUGGAUGAUGUUGUUGGGGGGCAGGAGGUGGUGGAGGAGGGUGAGGGUGGAGAGGAUGCGGAGGAUCUGGUGGAUUUUGACGAUUUUGAGGAUAAUAAGAGAACAGCGCAGGGGAGUGCAAGGGCAGCCAGGGAGGCGUCACGUGACGGCUCAGGGGUUACUACACAUGACAACCCUCGCAGCCCCCAGGUGGCUCGGUUGGGUUCGACCAUGUCACCUGACGACCAGGACAGCCACAGGCCGGGCUGGAGGGGUUGGGCACAGUGUCGGGAUAGGGCUGAGCCCUCGUUCUGGCGCGGAGAGGGCGGGGAGGACACUGAAAAGCCCACCCCCCCAUCUCCUCCCCCAGCAAGCAGCGACAGUCAGCCAGCCCAGCCCGCCCUCGCCCUCUCACGUGGCCCCGGCUCGUCGGCAGCCGACCGCCCGCGCUCCAAGCUUGGUUCUGUGCUCCCAAGCAAGGCAAGGGCGCCACAGGGGAGUGGGCAGCCGGGAGGAGGUGGGGGAGGCGAGAGUCCACACAUGCCCCUUCCCCUCCCCCACCCCCCCGGCCCUCUCUCCCACACAGCCGGGUACGCUAGCUGGCUAGCUAGCCCAGCCACGCCACACCUGCUGCAGCCCCGAUCGUCCCGCCCGUCCCGCCCCGGGGUGUGCGUUAAGAGCGACAAGGGGGAGGAGGGGGGCGUACUCGCCGCAGGGCAAGUCAGUAGGUAG